AAACGGAGGAAACAAAAUGCGUCGAGCCCUCCCUGGAGGAGGAGUGCGGAACAACAACUGAACUGUUUGCCAUCCGAUAAAACUCCACUGUUGGAGUUUUCAACUAUUGAUCUUUAUUUUAUUCUUUAUAUUCGUGGAUACGUUUGUUUUUUAUCCAGGCAAUCUGCACAAUCGGGGUAAUUAAUCCUAUUACGAUCAUAUAUAUUUUGAAUUUGGGAGUAGUGGAUUUGUAUCGCUAUUCUUAAAAUAUCACUAAAAUAUUGUUGUUUUAUUUUAUUUUUAAUAUUGCAUUAUUACGCCGAUUAAAAACCCACAGGGCGUCAUGCCCUCACGCAUUUAGAUGGCGAUCUAGCACUCUGGACAGUUGCAUCAGUUCCUGUGUGUGCGUGUAAAUGGCUAUGCUGUGGCUGCUGCUCCACGCUACUUUUUAUUCCCAGGACGCAGAAUAGUAAUAAAUCCUCCUCUGCUAGGAAAGGCUGUGAUCAUAAUAAAGACGUCACCCUCCUGCUCGGGUUGGCUCGACCAAAGCCAAGUGCGCAGCUAUUUGUAAGCUACAACAACAACAACCUCCAGCACCAUGCCCAUGGAUAACGUAGGGAUUUCUCUGAGAUCCCCUCGCCGUGCGGAGACGAUAUCUGCGUCAGAUCCAUAGCAAAGAGAGCCUUUUAAUUGCUCCGGAUCAUUCGACUGUUAAAAAAAACAGACAGGGACUUGAUCGCGUCGCAGUCUCUUCGCAGCAAAUACGACGCAAGCCGUUGGAUUUGAAGAGUCAUGGAGGAAACAGCUGCUGCAGCUCCAGCCCCUGGCACCGGUGCUGCUCCACUGACCCCAAGACCUCCACCUUCCUCCUUCACACCCUCCCGCAGCCUGCUAGAGUGGAGACGGAGGGUCAAGUCUGAGUAUAUGCGCCUUCGCCAAUUAAAACGCCUUAAAAAAGUAGAGGAGGUCAAGACCCUGUUCAUGUCCAACAGGCAAAAGAUUGAGCAGCAGACAAAUCUCCUGAAUGCAGAGUGGUCCAGGCUCAGGAUUCAGUCCAUCCCUCUGUCAACAUCUGGUGGAGCUGUGGCCAACAAGAAGAUGUGUACAGUUGAGUUUGGAUUCCCAGAAUUCAAAGCUCAAGCCAUCACCAUGAGACCGCUAUCCACAGUGGCAGGAAUCCCCUUCAUGUACUCCUGGUCUCCUCUGCAGCACAACUUCAUGGUGGAGGACGAGACAUUCCUUCACAACAUCCCAUACAUGGGUGACGAAGUGCUGGAACAGGACGAGGCUUUCCUAGAGGAACUCAUCGACAACUACGAUGGUGUCCAUGGCGACAGAGAGGGGGGGUUCAUCAGCGACGAGGUCUUUAAAGAGCUGGUGGAGGCCUUGAGCCAGUAUUCAGACCACGAGGAGGAGGAGGAAGAUGAAACAGCAGUGACGACGAUGACGACGGUGACGGCGACGGAGGCGGCGGUGGCGGUGGUGGCAGCGGAGGUGCCAGGAAAGAAGGAGGACGAGAGGGUGAUGAGGCGGAGCUCUGUGGAGGGUUCCGAAGAGUCCAAACCUGGUGCUGUGGCAUUCAUCAAGAGGAAGAGGAGGAGCACUACUGAGGUGAGGGACGUGUCCAGCAGCAAGAAGGUUCCCAACGAUAAUAUAUUUACAGCCAUCGCCUCGAUGUUCCCUUACAAGGGCACCACGGAGGAGCUGAAGGAAAAGUACAAGGACCUGCUGGAGCCCCCCAGCCCGGUGAAGCUGCCCCCACACUGCACCCCAAACCUGGACGGACCCUUUGCUAAGUCUGUACAGCGGGAACAGUCUUUACACUCCUUCCACACACUCUUCUGCAGACGUUGCUUCAAAUAUGACUGUUUCCUACACCCUUUCCAUGCUACACCCAAUGUUUACAAGAGGAAGACUAAGGAGAUCCGCAUUGAGACUGAACCAUGUGGUGUGGACUGCUUCCUGUUACAGGAAGGGGCUAAAGAGUUUGUGGAUCAGAAUAUGUUACGGUCACAGAGGUCACGGAGGCGCCGAAAGCAGCAGCAGCAGCAGCAACAGCAACAACAGCAACAGCAGCAGCAGCAACAGCAGCAACAGCAGCAGCGUUCCACCUGCUCCACCUGUCCUGGUCCGUCUGCGGCUGCUGAGGAAGGAAAAGAGGUCUACAGUGACCAUGAAACCACAUCGUCCUCAGAGGGGAAUUCUCGAUGCCAGACUCCCACCAAGCUGCGUCCAGGGGAUGAUGACGGGGAGCAGCAGCCGCGAUGUGUGGUCCAGUGGAGCGGUGCGGAGGAGUCACUGUUCAGAGUGCUGCACGGCACGUACUUCAACAACUUCUGCUCCAUCGCUCGCCUCAUUGGUACCAAGAACUGCAAAGAGGUGUACGAGUUUGCAGUGAAGGAGGUCCUGAUCCAUCGGGUUCCUGUGGUCGAUGGGGGCAUCGCACCCCAAAAGAAGAAACGGAAACACAGGUUAUGGGCAAAGAUUCAGCUAAAGAAAGAUAACUCGUCCAAUCAGGUGUACAACUACCAGCCAUGUGAUCACCCGGACCAUCCAUGCGACAGCUCCUGCCCGUGUGUGAUGACCCAGAAUUUCUGUGAAAAGUUCUGCCAGUGCGAGCACGAGUGCCAGAACCGCUUCCCGGGCUGCAGGUGCAAGACACAGUGCAACACAAAACAGUGUCCUUGUUACCUGGCCGUGAGGGAGUGUGACCCAGAUCUGUGCAUGACCUGCGGCACUGCAGACCGCUGGGACAGCAAAGCGAUCUCCUGCAAGAACUGCAGCAUCCAGAGAGGCCUAAAAAAGCACCUGCUGUUGGCUCCAUCGGAUGUCGCCGGAUGGGGAACCUUCAUCAAAGAGUCAGUCCAAAAGAAUGAGUUUAUCUCUGAAUACUGUGGAGAGCUGAUCUCCCAGGAUGAGGCGGACCGACGUGGAAGGAUCUAUGACAAAUACAUGUCUAGCUUCCUUUUCAACUUGAACAAAGACUUUGUUGUGGAUGCCACACGAAAGGGGAACAAAAUCCGCUUCGCAAAUCAUUCAGUUAAUCCCAACUGCUACGCAAAAGUGGUAAUGGUGAAUGGAGACCACCGCAUCGGUAUCUUUGCCAAGCGCGCUAUUCUGCAAGGAGAGGAGCUCUUCUUUGACUACAGGUAGAGUCACGGGGCCUUGACUCUCCAUCAGCUUCAAAAUACAGCCAAGCGGAUGCCCUCAAAUACGUCGGGCUAGAAAGGGAGGCAGAGAUGGCUUAGCUCCACCCGCUGCCUACCUCCAUCACCUGUCCCUAACUCCUCCGCCACCCACUAAUGCUUCUGUCCCUCUCUGUAGCGUCACAUCUAGCUGACGAGUUUCUAUGAACAGUCGUUGUCUCUGCCAUCUCUGCUGCACCUCUAAAAAUAGAGUCCCUCCCCUGCCGUUUGCAGGUGCUCCUGCCCUGCAGACAGCGCACCACCUCCCUCAGUGACAGCGGUCAGCUCUCCCUCUCAUCUGCCCAAACCCACCCACCUACCUGCAAGAGUGUAUACGCCAAGCUUAUGAAAGUUAACUAUUUAAAGUGGAAAUACUAUUAAUCUGUAUCGCUUACUGCACCAAGAGGAUCACAUGGUCUUUUUUUGUUUGUUUCAUCUUGUUAAAAAGCAAAGAGGUCACAAUUACCCAUCCUACAGCGUGUUACUCUCUCUGAAGUUCUGUUACUGUACUUAUAGACCGGCUUUUGUUUGACCUCUCAAUACGUAAUGCAAGCUUUUACAUCGUACCUAAUGAUGAUCAGUGAAAUGCAUGUGCUGUCUCUUGGAUAAACAAACCAUUCAACAUGUUAGCCACAGCAUUAGCUUCAGUCAGAUGCUGCUCUGUGCAGUCUCUCAGUAUUGUAGUGUGAUGUUACCCACAGCUUGUUCUUCAGAAGGACCUGACCACGUUGGAUCGCUUUCCAUGUUCUUCUUCGACGAACCUUUUCAGCGGCUAGCAUCACCACCACAUCUUUAUGGUGAAAUAAGUUAUUGUGCAUUUAUAUCAAUUGUUCUGCAAAAAUAGGCAACCAGACAAGAAACCGACUGACUGAAUGUAACCUGUAGAUGAUGGUGAAGAGAUCUCAUCCCUCUUUUCAUUUUUACACAUUAACCCAUUCUAUUGGUACGUACAUGCUCAUCAAACAUUUCUCACAAUGUUUACAUGAUCUUGAGGUCUUCACACUUUGUGAAGGAAAUAAUUAACAAAAUUAACAAGUCACUCAGUAAAUGUCUUCCUUUAAAAAAACAACAUAUAAGUGCCAAAUGAUUCCACACAUAAAAAGGCUGAAACAGUGUGGAUGUGUUGCAUAUUUAACAGAGUUGCAUUAAAGGUAACCUUUGCAAGGUUAUGACCAUGGGAAAAGCAAAAUUAUCAGUGUUUGACCAAAUAUUAUAAGUCCCCCCACAUGUGAAUGUAAAAUAUCUUUUAUCAUCUCUUUUUUUAUGUCCCUGUUUUUCAUUUAUACAACAUUAAAGCCCACUUUGAAAUGAGAUCUUUCUCAAUAGGGAUGAACAAAAUGGAGUUUACUGCUAUGUACAGUGUAUGCCUAUAAAAAUAAAAGUUUAACUUUAUACAUUAAAACAUGC